GGAGGACACCAAGUAUCUUUCAAAGCUGUUAGUUUUGAUUAAACAAGUGAUACAAUUAGAAAUAUACCUAUGGAAUUAACGUUUCGAUUAGUACGAGAAUGAGCAUAUCACAAUGGCUCCCUAUAGAAGAUACAGCCAUCCAAGAAUAUAUACACAACAGCAAGAAGCUGAAUGUCCUUGCCGAGACUUUAGAAACGAAAUUGGCAAAUAUGUUAUACGAAGAUGAUAACGCAUGGAAGGAGUUGAAAGAGGUGUGCGACAGCUUGGAAAUUACGGGCAAACUGUUCACAAAAGUAUCUGGAGAUCACAGAGCAGCAAUAGUUGCAAACUAUAAAUGUAAACAUUGGAGGAUUACUAUAAACAAUAAGAGGUUGACCAUAAUGUACACUUUGACUCAUGUCAUUACUAUCGCUCUUGGAAAAUUUUUAGAACAUGAGGAAGAGCUUGUUCAUAUUCUAAAGCUUAUUGUUUUCUUUGAUGCUAUACUCCCUCUUGGAACUGGAGCUGAGAGUAAAACGACUUCUAUUGUAAGAAAUACAUGCCCUUCCAUGCUACUACCGAUGAGAAAAUUAUCUCUAACCAAGAUAUUACAAAUAAUAGCUCAAUUGAGAGCAGAAGUAUGUGGUCAGCAGCUAGUCUACAUACUGAUGAAUAUAAAGGCAGAAACUGAUAGAGGUAAUGACGAUGAUUAUCCUGCAUCUGAUGACUCGAGUAUGGAAGUGUAUAGGGCUUUGACAGAAAACAUGUCACCGGCUCACAUGGGGACUGUUACGACACCAGGAACCGAACAUCCACAGUACAUAGUGUCAGAGGUCUCCAUGCUGGAAAGCCUUAUUGCGAUGGAGUGUCACAAACUGAAGCGACUUUUUGACACUAUUGCAAGGGAAGCCCCUGAUAGGCUUGGUCCUUUUGCCACAAAAGAAUCCAGAUCUUCAGGGGAGUUUAAAAUGAGCAACAGGUUUAAACAGAAAGUAGUUGGUUAUUAUCAAGAAGUCUUAUGGGGCAAUGUAGGGACUUAUGCUGAGUACAGUCUUAUCUGGAAAGGGAUUGGAUUUUAUGGAGAGACGUGUAGCAGAUGGUCAUCUUGGUUAAAACGUUUUACAGUCAAUGUCAGUUUUCCUCAAAUCUUAAAACCAGCGCUUCAGAGUCUUAUAGAUGGACUUUGUGUACACAUCACGACAGUUACGUGGGAUUUUCUUUUUAGAAAAGCCCUUGUUGCAGCAGGCUAUCAAAACAGCACCUAUAUUGUCGAUAAUUACAUGCAUGGAACAAGGGCUGGACUAUUAUUCAAGGAAAUGUUCUCUGAGUUAGUUUCUCUAUCAAACAGUUGUGAAGGCUCCAAUUGGACAGUGGCAGCUCUUGAAGAAUUGCCCCUAACUGAACAAAUACCAAUUCUACAUCGUUUAGACCACUCGAUUCACACUGUGAGGUUGUGGGCAGAGGGUAAAGCACGGCAAUUGUCAAACAUGUGGAACAUGGAUCAAUUUUUCCGAGUUACGCAAGUCGAUGUCUUGUCUUGCUUAUCUGCACUUACAAAGCGACACUUUUCAAACCAAAAUGACCUAUUGGGCCCAGAAUGCAGUGUCCAUGUUAUGGUAUGUGGAAAAAUGAGGGCAAAGCUGGUAUCAGAAGUGCAGGAGAAUUUCAAGAAGCUUCAGGAGGUUCCUAAUGGCAGUGUCGACGUCCUUGCAAAUGUGUGCCGCAUAUUCAGCCUCGCGAAUCUUAAGUUAAUGUUUCCAGAUCCAAAAUAUUGGAAACAAAAUUUUGACGAAAUACCGCAAUAUGCAAGCACUUAUGUUGAGGAUUAUCUUGAAGUGGUGUUAAAACCUGUAAUACAUGCAACAACCGAGCUAGAUGAUUUAGUACAACAGAGAGUAUCUUGUCUCGUCCUUGACAUUAUGUGUGAAGCCUGGCUAGAUCAUAUUUAUAAAUACAAGAUAAGAUUUUCAGAAUGGGGUGCUUUACAACUUUUGGCUGAUUUCGGUGCCGUACCUACAUGGCUAAUGGAGCGUGUCAAAGCGACUCCUAACUUGCUCUGCACAGAAAUGUUGAGGAGGUGUGAAGGUGUGGGGAGACUCCUACUUUCCCAGCCUGGGCAUAGAGUGCCAAUGGUAGACAAGACAAUAAGAAAAUACCAAGGUGAAAGUGAAAGUUCUCCGACGAGAAUGCCACCUGAAAUGUACGUUCCCAACCAGACUCAGUGGUUGGAACUGAGGGCGCCGAGUAAAAAUUAUUUCUCCCUUUGCUGUCCACUACAUUUGAAUGCUUCUUGAUUUAAAGGCCAAGGAGUGAAAGUAAAUGGUCUAUCUUAAAAGCAUAUGAUUAUUCUACUAAAUAAAAAUAAAAUUAUUUUUAAUUAUUAUAAACAUUCCCUAUUUAUUUUGUAUUCUCCUAACAAAUGUUACAAUUAACACAACUUUGGAAUGGUGAUACUCUUUAAUAUCUUUGGAAGGAUAUAAAGGAAAAAAUAUGUAAAAAUACAAGAAGCUAAAUACAAAUUUAUUUAUAUA